AUGACGGGAACUCCACGCCUCGCUUCCAAAAUUGGCCCCAAACAUCGUACUUCCACCAAUAUGCAAUCUGCAUAUGCCUUGGGAGAGCUCAUGGAUCCACCAACAUGUAUCUUCAGGCCGACACACCCCUCGGACGUUCGCCCAGUCAUGGUCAGACUUUUUCCUUUACUUCUUGCAACAUUUGCUGUUAUCAACCCGGUUACAAGUAGCCACCAUAGCCAUGGCGAGCACCAUACGCACAAGAAUGCUAGAUCAGAAGACUUGCUCAAGGCGAGAGACAUAACGCCAGCUACUCAUCGCCUGUUUCCCAGAGCACAAUGUUCGGGAACAACGCCCUGUCCCAAUGGAGAUUGCUGUAAUGGAGAAAGUGGCUUUUGUGGUCGAGAUGCGGACUAUUGCAACCCCAAAGUAUGUGUCUCCAACUGCUUAGCAAAAGCAGAAUGUGGAAAGGGUGCGGAGACAUUGGGUAGUACAUGCCCACUCAACGUUUGCUGUGGAGCAUGGGGUUAUUGCGGAACUUUAGAAGCCUACUGUGGCACAGGGUGUCAGAGCAAUUGCAAUCAGCCAGCAGCAUCAGGUCACAACAAGGGUGAUGUGCGAAAGCUUGUCAUUGGAUACUGGGAAGCAUGGUCCUUGACAAGACGAGGUUGUGCCGGCAGGUCAGUCGAUGACAUACCGGUAGACUCUUUGACCCAUCUCAACGUCGCAUUUGCCUACAUUACACCCGAUACAUUUGAAGUCGUCCCGAUGCCGAAGACAAGCGCCAAGAUCUUCUCUGAAAUCACUGCUGUCAAGCAGAAAGCUCCUGGACUCAAGAUCUGGAUCUCUCUUGGAGGAUGGACCUUCUCCGAUAACGAUACAGACACCCAAUCAGUAUGGGGAGAUAUUGCUCGGACCCAAGCAAACCGGAACAAGUUCACCGUGAAUCUGUACAAGUUCAUGAAGACAUAUGGUUUCGACGGAGUGGACAUUGACUGGGAAUAUCCAGGGGCGCCAGAUCGAGGCGGCAAACCCGACGAUGUGCAAAACUUUGUUUUACUGAUGGAAUACAUUUCUGUAUAUUUUGAGGCGUCUGCUUCUGGCUUUGGACUCUCUUUUACCGCGCCCAGCUCCUACUGGUACCUACGUUGGUUCAAGAUUGACCAGUUGCACAAAUACGUCAGCUGGAUUAAUGUAAUGACGUAUGACAUACACGGAAGCUGGGAUUCUCCAGCAUCAACAAUCGGAUCAAUCGUCUACGCACACACCAACCUCACCGAGAUACAAGAUACUUUGAAUCUGUUUUGGCGGAAUAACGUUCCCGCCGACAAACUGAACCUUGGGAUCGGCUUUUACGGACGCUCUUACACUCUGGAAGAUUCUUCAUGUACCAAACCAGGAUGCCCGUUUUCAGCCCCGGGCCGCGCUGGGUCCUGCACGGGCGAAUCUGGAGUGCUAUCUUAUGCCGAGAUUGAAGCCCGUAUCAAGAUGUACGACUUGGAUGCGAUACACGACAAAACAGCAGGCGUGAAGUAUCUCACUUUUGAUGAAAACCAAUGGGUCUCGUAUGAUGACCAAGAGACCCUCCAAACGAAGGUAGACUUCGCAAACGAGCAAGGGUUGCUCGGGUUGUUUGUCUGGGCCAUUGAUCUGGACGAUACUCAACACACCGCGUUGAAGGCCCUCCUUGGUGGGAAACUCGGCACUUUCGCUACUCAGAACGGAUACGAUCCCAACUAUUCACAAGAUGAUGAUUGGGACUCGGUUACUGGCAAUUCAUGCACUUGGUCCGAUUGCAACAAAUCGUGCGGCCCAGGAACGAGAUCUGCUGGUGCCGAACAGUAUUGCGGUGUUGACAAGGACGGAAAAGCCCAACGUGAGACGCUAUGUUGCCCUAUUGAUAGCACGCCGGACCCCAAAACUUCAGUGAACCGUACAUUGGCGGGUCACACCAAUCGUGUUUCUUCGGAUUCGGAACGACCAAUCGAUGACGUUUGUGGUUGGACCACCGAGUGUGUAUCACUCAAAAAUGGCAAACCCAAAGACGGUGUUUGUGGCGUUCUAACACCUAUAGGAACAUGCAAGGGUGGCAAGGGCGUUUCAUACUGCUGCGACAAGGGCAUCGACAGCUCUUCGUGCCACUGGAAUGAAGGCACAACGGACUUCCUCAGCUAUGCACCCGCAUGCAAUGGAGCUUCGCAGUGUCCAGAAGGCGAGACAAGAAUUGCAUUGGAUCCAGAAGGUGGGCCUGACGCGAAUGGCAAUACGCACAGUUGCAAGGUCGCAGGUAGUAGUGGUGGCUCUGUACCCACACCAUGGUUCAACGUCGACUUGGCCUUCUGCUGUAAGGGUAGCGCCAUGGGUGCACUUAGGAAUCUUUUUCCCAAACCCGGUCCCGAGUCCGAUACAGAAAAGCUCGACAUCAAAUUGGAUCGAACAAUGGGUGGUCAAAAGAAGGCCGGGAACAGCGUGCACCCUAACGAUUCCGCGUUCGGUUUCUACAUUAUGUCUGGCCCCGAGGAAGAGUUGACCUCCAUCGACAAACGCGACGGUUCACAUUGGGAGUUGUUCGAUUGUGACAACACAGUUGGCGAAAAGCGCCAAACAGUCAAAGCUGUAUGCGCGAACCUUUCCGACGACCACAAUUGCGAUGUCAUCUUCAAAGGCACUGGAGUGGCUGGUACUGUUGUGGACAUGCCCGGAGACUGUGGGCCAGGCAGGUAUGCCGUUGCCGUGAGCAUGACACCGUCCACGGACCAUUCGCAUCUUCACAAACACUUGGUCAAGCGUGGUUUGGAAGCGGCGCGAGUCUUUGACUUCACCUUCGAUUACGACUACUCGCCGAUCGAGAAGCGAGCUGAUAAAUCGAACGUCUUACUGCGCAUAGAUUACAGCGACGAUCCGGGAUACUGGGACACUAUCGUUGCUGCAAAACACGACUCUCGUAAACGGUCACUGGAGAUCGAGAACGACUUCGGUGGAGAUCGAAAGGCCUGGCUAGAGCAUACGUGGCGUAAGGAAAAGCGCGAGUUCCAUCACACUGAGCUGCAUGCCAGAUGGUGGUCGGGGGAUGUGCGCGAAUGGUUUGACAAACACAAGAAAGUCGAUGAAACCUACACCGGAGUUCGCCAUCGCAUCGCCGACACAAUCUCGGUGCCAAUUUUCGACCAAGAUCUGAAUUGCCCAAGCUUACAAGGGAUGGGAGUGGAUGAAUUGUACUUUAAAGCAUGGGCGGAGCUCAACAUCGACAUCCAGACCGCCGCUGGUGUGACCGUUAUUGGUACCCUUGGUGAUCUCAAGAGCUUCGAGGAAUCCAGCGUGUGGUUCCGAACCAAUGGAAGAGUCGAUGCAUCACUCAACUUCAAUGCCAAGGGCGCGCUCUCCUUCCAUACUGGUCAGGUUGAAUUGUUUGGCGCCCACAACUUUGGUGCAAGUUUCCGAGUUCCCGGCAUCGUCACGAUCGGACCGGACUUCCGUAUUUUGGCUUCCAUUGCUGGUGACGCUACACUCGAACUUAACACCAAAUAUGCAGUCAACUUUGGCAACUGGGAUUACGCCAUGCGCUACCCAACCCCGCAGGGCGAGAGCGACACGCCAACCAAGACUGGUGAUCUUAAAGAGCCCCAGAUCUCGAACUCCACCGACCCAUUCUCAUGGACACUGGAUGCGAAUGGUCAGAUUACUGCGCAUAUCAUCCCAAAAGUCACAUUUGGCAUCGUGUUUGACAACUCCGCAAUCUCAAAUGCUGCUCUCGAUCUCGGGGUGGACGCGUACGCCAGACUGGCGGGCACGAGCACCGUAGGUAGCAACCAAAACUUCAAGUACUGCUACGAAGCAGAUGCUGGAGCAACCCUGUUUGCUAGUGUGCAAGCUCCUACCAUAUUCGGUCAAUCAUUGAGUCGCUACUACGCACUAUGGGCAGAUACGUAUCCCAUUAUCACCAGAAAGUGUAAUAUCGACUAG